AUGGCGGCAUACCACUACAGCGAGUUCGCCAACUUCGAGAUCCCAGAGUUCGAAAAGCUCGAAUACGACUCCAUGCCGGCAGCACAGUCCACCGCCUCAUCCAACGAGAACGUCGACGUCUUGAGCAGCAUGUUCUGGCUCUGCGCCGGCUCCUUCUACGAGGCGUCUGCGUCCGCUCACCGCGAAUACUCAGAGCUGUCGCCCAGCAAGACCUCACCAGAAUAUCUGCUCGAUGCAUUCGAACAACAUGACAACGUCCGCAAGGAAGCUAAGAACGCCAUUCCACCCGGCGCGCUCGCAAAGCUUGAUCCAGAGGACGCGAAAGUCAAGCAGGCGCUGCUCCUUUUGAGGCACGGCAAUUGCCACGUCGCUGGGCUGCAAGAUAUGCGCUUCAUCGUCGACGAUCAGAAGCGAUGUAAAGCUGCGGAGGCCGAGUACUUCCGUCAAGAGCAACUCGCGCUCGCCAAGGAGUAUCGCGAAAUCAAGCGCGAGAUGUACUUCCACGAAGCGGACGUCACGGCCAACGCUAUCGCCGACUUCUUCACCUAUCCAGACGAGUGGGAGAGGGUUCUAGCUCGUAUGCAGCGCGACUUCGUCUUCGCCGAAGACUACUUCAGGAUCAAGAACUUUCGGACUCGUCUGGCCAGCAUUAUCGGGCAAAUCACACCAGAAACCCAGAAGACGAUCUCACUUGCUCAUCCAGACAUGAAGGAGGUCGUCGAGGUCAAGGAACAAGCUGAUGUUGGCCUGGACGCCGUUUGGGACAUCGUGCCACAGUUGCGCAAGAGAGAGGAGCAUCGGAGGGAGCGUGGUCGCCGUCAUUUGGAGAUCUUGAUCCGGAAGCAUGAGGAGCUGAAUUUGCGACUGCUUCUGGAGCAGACGACGCUUUGA